AAAUUGACUUAUAAUUUUAUUUUUGAAAAGCUGACUUAGCAGAUGCAGAUCUCAGAUCUUGGUGUAAAUCGUGAUAAAUUAGCAAACUAUUAAUAGUAUCACAUUAUAAUAUUAGGUGUAUUUAUUGAGUUGUAUAUAGAUAUAUAUAAUCUUAAACCCAAGGGGCAAAAUUCGAAAUAGUAGAUAAUUAUUUAAGAAGCUUAUUCAACGAAACGAUCUCGGCAAUUUCGAAAAUGGCGCUCCACAACCUGUUGAUCUGCCACGCUCCAUAACGAUAUUAAUACACAAUUAAUACACAGACACACACUCAGUUCUUCAGCAUGGUGAUGCAGCGGCCGCUUCUCACAGCCGUCCUCUUCCUGAUCCUCUGCGGCGCGGCGUACGGGCGUCUGAUUUCCGACCAAUCCGGUGUGUUCUCCGAUGGGGUGGUGAUGCCGUCGUUCCUCCGCCUGGGAGCGGAGGAGGAGUCGUGCGAGCAGACGUACGGAUUCAUGCCGUGCACAUCGACGGCGAUGGGAAACCUCUUCCUGAUCUUGGUGUACGGAUACCUGAUGUUCAUGGCGGCGACGUAUCUGUCAGGCGGCAGCGAGCUUCUGCUCGAGAUUUUGGGACCCGGAAUCGUCGGCGGCCUUUUCCUCCCCAUUCUCGGAGCUCUUCCUGAUGCUAUGCUUAUACUUGUGUCUGGAAUGUCUGGAAGUGUAGAAACUGCUCAAAGCCAGGUUUCAGUUGGCAUGGGCCUUCUGGCCGGCUCAACUGUUAUGCUCCUCACUGUAAUUUGGGGUUCCUGCAUUCUCGUGGGAAAGUGCGACCUACAAGAUGAUCUCGCCAACGACAAUCAAGACACCAGACCCUUCACUUUAACUGGUUCCGGCGUAAGCACAGACAUAUGGACAACUUAUGCUGGCAUAAUCAUGGCUAUAUCUGUGAUUCCCUUCAUAAUUGUGCAAUUUCCACAGAUAUUGCAUUCAGAUUCUGGGAGGAACUUGGCUGUCUUGAUUGGUCUUAUUGUCUCAGUUUCACUUCUCAUCUCCUAUUGCCUUUACCAGGUUUUUCAGCCGUGGGUUCAAAAGAGGCGGCUCGAUUAUAUCAAGCAUAGGCACGUGAUGUCGGGAAUCUUGAAGCACUUAAAGAAGCGCGCCCUGGGGAGGCUUUCCACGGAAGAGGGACGGCCUAAUGUACAAGUGUUGUCCAAGCUGUUCAAAGCGAUUGAUGAAAAUGAGGAUGGAUACCUUUCGCAUAAAGAAUUAAGGGCCCUGAUCAUCGGAAUCCAGUUUGAUGAGAUCAAUUUGGAUCAUAACGAUGCCGUAGAGAAAGUAAUGAAGGAGUUCGAUACUAGCCGGGACUCUAAAGUUGAUCUCGCAGAGUUCAUCGUUGGAAUUGGGAGAUGGCUUGAAGAGGCUAAGCUUGCCAAUCAUCCUAAUCAUGCUGCUGAUUCAAUGAAGUAUAUAGAUGAUUUCCACACGCAAACAAAGAGAGAGCAUUUCCUUUUGGGAGUUGAAAGCGAAGAGAGUGAGGAGGGCGUUGAGAACUCGCAGUGGACGACACUGAAAGCCGUGCUUCUGUUGCUCCUCGGAUCUCUCAUCGCAGCUGCAUUUGCCGAUCCUCUUGUUGAUGCGGUUCAGAAUUUCUCCAACGUCACCAGGAUCCCUACUUUCUUCAUAUCGUUCAUCGCUCUUCCAUUGGCUACCAACUCCAGCGAGGCCGUCUCCGCGAUCAUAUUUGCGAGCAGGAAGAAGCUAAGAUCUGCUUCCUUGACAUUUUCUGAGUUGUACGGAGCUGUUACGAUGAACAACGUGCUGUGCCUGUCGGUGUUCUUGGCGCUGGUGUAUGCGAGGGGGUUGGUUUGGGAUUUCUCGUCGGAGGUGCUGGUUAUUUUGAUCGUGUGCAUCGUGAUGGGUGUGUUUGCCAGUGUUCGCACCACGUUUCCUGUUUGGACCUCUUUCAUAGCUUUUCUUCUCUAUCCCUUUUCUCUCGCACUCGUCUAUGUUCUUGACUAUGUCUUCGGUUGGUCGUAGACCAUUUUGUUUUUGAUGUCGUCUUAUUUUUCACAAUUUCUUGUUGGAACUUGACGCGUUGUGAGUUGUUGAAAUGCCUGGGUUUUGUUACGGUUUUAAACACUGUACACUUAUUAGAGAUAGCGGUUUUUUAUGUUCUGUAUUGUUAUUUUAAUGGAUUUCUCACAAGGUGUUUUCUUGUUUUGUAUUGUUAUUUGAACCGAUUUCUCAGAAAAUGGGAUUGUUCCUGUUUUGUAUAGUU